GUCAGCUGGGUAUUUUCCGUGCUGUUGUUUGGAGUGUUUGAACCACUGGAUCAAACGUGAGCCAAUAGCUGCAGAGGAGAGAAAUUAUUCAGUUGAACUUUGACCCUUUGAUUUUUCUGCGUUUCCCAACAUGUCAUGUUUCAGCUGAUUCUCCCGCAGCUCCCGCAGCUCUCGGUCGAAACCAGGAAAACGUAACUCCCGCAUUUAGUUGGUGCAGGAAGUGUUUCACCUGAGCAGGAUGAGGAGAGCCGCGUUGUUCGUGCUCUCCGUGUACGCCUCCGUGCCCGUCCUCCUCUACCUGCUGCCCUGGACCCUGGGCCAUGCCAUCUUCUGUCACUUGUUGAGGUUUCCAUUCUUCGUGGACCUCGGCAGACCUGAAGACGUGCUGAACCACACGUGCAACUUCUACCUCGGCACGGAGAAGGGCGUCUCGGUGGGCGUCUGGCACACGCUGCCUGCCAGCCAAUGGGAGGAGGCCGCGGGGAGAGGCCCGGAGUGGUACCGGGAAACUCUGGGAGACGGGCGGCCUGUUAUUAUCUAUCUCCAUGGAAACUUAGGGACCAGGGCCAUCAAUCACCGAGUGGAGCUGGUGAAGAUCUUAAGUGCUGCAGGAUAUCACGUGCUAUCGUUGGACUACAGAGGUUUCGGAGACUCCUCUGGGGAGCCCAGUGAAGCAGGUCUGACCAGCGACGCCCUCUUCCUGUUGCGCUGGGCGCAGCAGCAGAGCCGAGGAGCCGCCGUGUGUCUGUGGGGACACUCGCUCGGCUCCGGUGUGGCGACCAACACGGCAUUAAAGGUACAAGAGCAAGGCUCUGCUGUGGACGCUGUGAUCCUGGAAGCUGCAUUUACAACCGUUGGAGACGUUGUUGCGAUCCAUCCCAUCACCAGGAUGUACAUGUUCCUUCCAGGGUUCGAGAGUUUGCUCUGGAACAUUCUGGAAACCAACAACAUCGUGUUUGCAAGCGACAAAAAUUUGGAGACGCUGACGAGCCCGCUGCUCAUCCUGCAUUCGGAGGAUGACAGCGUCGUACCGUAUCACAUGGGUCAGAAGCUGUACGAGAUCUCCCUCCAGGCUAAGAAACAACACAACUCAGAUGUUCAGGUGGAAAUGAUCUCCUACGAUGCACAUCUGGGAUUCUCCCACAACAACAUCUACUUAGAUCCCAAUCUGUCCCAUGUGGUCGGGAAAUUUCUAGAAAAGCUGCAGCGACGGUAGAGCGUCUGCGUCCUCCAGAGACGGUAGAGCGUCUGCGUCCUCCAGAGACGGUAGAGCGUCUGCGUCCUCCAGAGACGUGAACGAGGCCCGCCAGAUUUAUUUAUCUCUCAAUGAGUCUAAAAUAAAAACACUGAAUCUACAGA